AUGGCGUCGGCAACAGCUAAUGCACCUCCAUCACUAUCACUGCCACCGUCUCAAUUUGCCCGCCUCCAACCCCACGCCUAUCUUCUCGCCCACCUUUCCCCUCCACCAGCAAGCAACCAGCCCUCCAUCCGCGCCAAUGGCCGCGCUCCCUCCCAAUUUCGAGUCACCUCCGCCAACGCAGGCUCCUUGACCCACACAAACGGCAGUGCCGUCGUGCGCAUCGGCGACACAGCCGCCGUGUGCGGCGUGCGCGCGGAGAUCCUGCACACCGACGACAUCGCCUCGUGGAGCGUGUCGGAGUCCUCAACCGCCGCUUCCACCGCCAAACACCAACACCUGGCUGAUCUCAGCGACCACCCCACCAAAGAAAAUAAGGAUGUCGACCAGGAUUCCGACGCCGCGGACGACGAGGACCGCGCGCACGUCCAGGGCUUGAACUUGCUCGUCCCUAAUCUCUCUCUGAGUACCGGCUGCGCCCCCGGUUUCACUCCCGGUGCCCCGCCCUCUGCACUGGCUCAGUCCCUUUCCCAUCAGAUUCUUUCUUUGUUGCAUAGCACGCGCUUGGUGCGGGCUGACGACCUGCGCAUUUGGUACCAGCCGCCGAAUUUGGGACCCGAGGACAUCGAACCUCACAAUGAGGACGAGCAGAUGGACGUGGAUGCCGAUCAGAGCGGUAGCGCAGAGAACCGCCAGCCGCGGGAGAUCAAGGCGUUCUGGGUGCUCUACAUCGACGUCAUGAUUAUCUCUCUCGCGGGCAACCCUUUUGACGCUGCCUGGGCCUCUGUGCUGGCGGCACUGCGUGAUACGAAACUACCUAAAGCCUGGUGGGAUGUCGAUAACGAGAUGGUGCUUUGUUCGGAUGAUCUCACGCAAGCGUACGGUCUCUCGCUACGUGGCUUGCCUGUGGCCAGCUCGUUCUGUGUGUUUGAGGCUGAUGCCGCUGCGGGCUGGAGAGCGGUGGUUAUUCCCGAUGCUGGGGAGCAGAAGAAGGGCUCUCAGUCGAGGUGGAUCUUGGCUGAUCCGGAUGGCUAUGAGGAGGGCUUGGGUCAGGAGAGGGCGUGUGUUGUUGUGGACAAGGACAAUGAUGGGAAAGGGAAAACGGUGAUUGUGAAAAUGGAGAAGCAUGGGGGCUGGACUGUGGACAGUGCCGAUCUACGGCAGCUCGUGGACAUCUCCGCCAAACGGUGGGACGACAUGAAAAGGAUACUGGAUCAAUGUUGA